AGUCACCUGCUGCCAUCUGUGUGACAGGGCAGCCGGAAUUUUGUUGACAAAUCGAAUUUAUUUAGCCGGAAUUUGUAUUUUUUUAAUUAUUUACCUUCAUUUCAAUUGCUCGCAAUGUAGAGAUUGGUGAAAAUCGAAAGUCAUCAAGGACGACCGCUAGCUAUGCAUUCGCACCACCACCCAAGUGGCUCUCAUUCUAAAGAAAACGGACACUCUCAUCACCAUCAACACAGCCACCAUCAUCACCACCACGACCAUCUUCACACAGAGAUUGAUCUAGGUGCUCAAGUCGAAUCCAGCCUACUUCAGCGUCGAUAUGGAUCUUUUUGGCAGAAUAUCAGAAAAGAAAUUGGACCAUUAAUAGGACAGGCCCAGUCUAGACGGUUCGUGUUCUUGCUGGUUGCAAAUUUGAUUUGCAGCGUUCUCCUUUUUUCAUGGUGCGACAGCACCAACAGCAUAGCACUGGAGGCCUACAGCUACACGAUAUGGUUCAAUUUCCUAAGUCUGCUGACCAGCCUGCUUUCUUUGUGGGUCUCCGCAAAAGGACCCAGCCACUAUUACACUCUGGGCUACGAACGAUUCGAAGUCCUUGCCGUCUUUGCCAGCACCGUCCUUGCUCAAUUGGGAGCCUUGCUGGUGGCCAAGGAAAGUGUAGAACGACUGCUCGAGCAGCCAGAUAUACACACUGGUCGACUGUUAUUGGGAGGUGGCGUUGCAUUUGGGAGUCACCUGCUGGUGCUCUACGGCAGUCGCAAUCCGGCCCUUGAACAUGUGAUGGGCGCCGCUUCGUCAAGCUGGUUGCAGGACCACGUGUCCGACCUCAGCCACACCUUGUGCUCAGCAAUGCCUCCGCUGAGGUCGCUCCUGCUGCCAAGGAUCAAUCCGAUGCUCCUUGUUUCCUUAGCAGGAUUCCUCUCUAUACUUUUGACUAAUCUACUGAUAGAAAUCAGGGACUAUCACAUGAUGGACACCCUGGCUGCAUUUGUGAUUAUCAUUGUUACCUGCGCUACCAUGUUUCCGAUGAGCGUGUACAGUGGCAAAGUUUUGUUACAGACGACGCCUGCUCACAUAGUGGGUCAACUUGAUAAGUGUUUACGGGAGACGCUCACUAUUGAUGGUGUCCUCGAGUUCCGUAAUGAGCAUUUUUGGACUCUCUCCUUUGGAAAGCUUGCCGGCUCACUUCACGUCAGGGUGAGAAGAGACGCUGAUGAGCAGAAGGUGCUGGCUCAAGUCAUAGCAAGACUUUCGCCCAUAGUCCCCGUACUUCGAGUACAAGUGGUCAAGGACGACUGGCAACAUUCCUCGUCAUCGCUCUUCUCGUCGCCGCAAGUGGCCUUUCCGCCAUCCCCGUUCACUUCCGUGCAACCAAACAACAACCUGCUUUUCUCAGGAGUAACGUCGCUUGAUCCCGACAAAUUUCCAUUUAAACCUCACUGAUUGCGGCGUUUUGUGCGAUUAUUAAAAAGUGAUUGUCUGUAUCAAAAUAAUAAAAUUUUCUUGAUUUAUUAAUA